AUUUACAUUCGCCGUCUGCACACUUGGUACCAAAUCCAGCAAACUUAUAUCAAAGACGUAUAGAGUCUUUGAUUUAUAUAUAUCAUUCUGCCCAGGACAGGUUUUAUAUGAAGAAAUGGUACCCUCAUAGUAAACAAUGGCUUGUAUCUACAUGGUUUCCCAGUUGGUUGCCUUUGUGGUGACACUUGCAUCAACCUCUCUUGCUUCAACAUGCCCGAUGGUACAGAAGACCAAUGCGCAGGUGGAACGUAGACUUCUCAAUGAAGGUUUCCACAGAGAUCUUGAGACAACUGUGUUCAUUUCAUCACCAGAAAACCUGCAGUCUUGCAUAGUUCUCAUCAAAGACAUCUUCCCAUCUGGGUCAUAUGUUGACCCAAAUCAACUUCGAUUUAAUAAAGCGUUUGGUGGACCAGACUUCCAUGUUCCACAGGUCAUCAAUGUAGAGACACCAGAACACCAAUCACCAAGAGUAUUUGCGUACUUUUUCAAGCGGGCUUUACGUAUGGAAGAUGGACGAUGGCUGGUGAACAUGACCAUUCCUGUUCAUUUUCGUUACCACAGGGCAAGGAGUGGGGCGACUUAUCCUCUGGAAGUGCCUGUUCGGCUUCAGCACCCUGCUGUGUUCUUGCAGUGUGAAGAGGCUGGAGGGGAAAUCUGUAGACCCUUGUUACAACUGGAGCCAUGCCCCCCAAGUGGCCCUGAACUGUGUGAAUGGCUCCCAGUCCAUACAUUUAGUACCACAGAGGCAGUUAUGGGUCUGAUACCAGUUGGUAACACAGACUCAUUGGACACUGUGCUUUUGGCUACUACCUCCAUCACUGCAGGGGCUACCCUACUCAUCCUGGCUGCACUUACCAAAAAUAGAAUUCCUCGUAGUUAGGA